AUGAAGGGGCACCAGCACCAGUCGUCCUCUCCGCUGCUGCUGCCGCCGCCCAGCAAGCGCCGCUGCAGCGGGCUGGCGGCGGCCGUGCCGGCGCUCGUCGUCUGCUCCACGCUGCUCCCGCUCAUCUACCUCCUCGUCCUCCACCGCCCUGCCGCAGGAUAUGGAUCGGACGACCGCGCCGCCGUGGUCAUCAGCAACGAGCUGGCCGGCGUCGGGGCGCGUGGCAUGCGGCAUCUGGAGAAUGGGGGCGCCAUGAAGCACAAGCUGCUCAAGGAUGUUUCCAAAAAGGUGUCUGGAUCUAAUGGGAUUUCGGCUGAGAGAUCUACUAGAUCAAAAUCUACCAAGGAUCAUGCUAUCAAAUCAAAAACAAAGUUCAAGGGUGCUUUCUCUUUAAUUGAACUAAAUAAUGACACCUUCAAAAGUAAAGGACCCCGUACCCCCAAAAGGUAUCAAUUGAAGGACUUGUCCUGGAGUUCAAAGGAUACAACUGUUGAUGCGAAGAGAACCAUGGUCAAGAGGCGGUGCAUGAGGACAAUAUCAAGUCCUGUGAACAUGAAUAUGGAAGUUACUGCCUCUGGUCUACUGAACAUAGGGAAUUUUGCAAAGAAGCUGGAGAAGAUGGAGCACACUAUUGAGAGAGCCAAGUCUUGUGAUGUAGGAUGCUCGAAUGUUGAACGGAAACUUAGGCAGCUACUUGAUAUAACUGAAGAUGAAGCUUAUUUCCAUACAAGGCAGAGUGCAUUUCUAUAUCAUCUUGGGGUCCAGACUACGCCGAAAACUCACCAUUGCUUGAACAUGAGAUUGACAGUAGAAUAUUCAUACUUGGAGGCAACUGUUUGUGUAACUUACAUUGAGGACAACCAGAAGCUCUCUAAGGAUGUAGAUUCCCUUGAGAUGCAACAAUUAUGGCCUGCAGAGGAAUUUCGUGUCACAAUUCUUAAUCAUUCUGAACCUUCCCAGAGGCAGAUGAAAACUGAGUACAUAUGUAUUUUCGGCCAUUCAAGUUUCCUCUUGCCUGACCUUCCUACCUUGAACAGAGUAGUUGUUCUGGACGAUGAUUUGAUUGUGCAGAAAAAAAUGUUAUCUUUGUGGAACCUUGAUAUGGGUAGUAAAGUGAUCGGCGCUGUCCAGUUCUGGUGA